AUGGACUCUGUCUCCACACCUCCGAAUGGCCUGUGUGAACCUGACCACCUGGAAGCCAAAUCUGGUGUCGGGCAAGGGGAAUUGUUGCUGUCUGAUACUGAGGAAGAGGACAUGAUCUGCGUUGGUCGUGGGCGAGCAGUUCAAGUGGAGGAUGUGUUGUUGAAGGACGAGGACGAGGGCGAAGGAGCUUCUAAAGACACGGAACUAAGGGCUGAAGGAGCUUCUAAAGACACGGAAGAAGACACAGAUUAAGGCUCAACUUUCAAUGGUCACCAUUGAGAUUGGGGUCACUGAGAUCGAAGAGGCGACCCCUUCUUGAGAGAACCAACAGGGGAAAUAUACGAAGGGAAAGAAGGGGGGCUCUUCCGUUCAGAGUCAUUAUGGCCACUGAGUGCUGAGCUUUAAACAGAGCAAGAGGAUCAAGCUGGUCGUGGCGGAGGUGAGAACACAACUGGUGCAGACGAGCAUGAAAGGAACAAGAACAAGAAGAAGAACGCAACUGCUACUGGCGAACAUCAAAUUCACACGAGAAACCACAAGCAUAGUAACAAACAAGAUAAUUAUGCAGAUGUUAGCAAGAACGAUGAGUUGUGUUCUUCAGCGUCAGCGAGCUCG